UGACCAAACUAGCUGACACCUGAGAACAGCAGCUAUGGAGCAGCAGCAGAAGCAGCGACCUGGACCUGCUGGUUUACCGCGGAGAAACAAAGUCCCGCGCACAGAAGCGAAUAUGGACCAGCGGACAUACCGCCUUUAUGUGAACAAGACGCAGAGCCUCGUUUGCGUGGUCGGUACCGAACUGAGAGUCAGUCUGAACAAGUGUUCCCCCAUAGGGAGCAAGUUCUUCUCAGUAAAAUGCACCCCAACUGUGCAGUGCCGGGUUGUGCCAGCUGCUGUGGCUGGAGACUCGCUCUUCUCCCCGCAGACUCUAACUCGGAACUCUGUGCUUUUCAUCUCGAUGGGUGCUGCCAGCAAGCUGCCCAAUGAAAGCAAGUUAUCUGUGAAGUUCUAUGGGAGCAAGAAAGAGGCUCUUGGAAAUGCUGUGCUACAUCUCACAGCUGUUGAGAUUUCUCUGGAUGUAGAUGCUGAUCGAGAUGGUAUUGUUGAAAAGAACAACUCAAACAAGGCUUCAUGGAAGUGGGGACCUAAUGGCCACGGUGCUGUUCUGCUGGUCAACUGCGACUCUGAGUCAUAUUAUAAGAAGAGAGUGGACACUGAGAAGGAGGAGAUCAGUAAAGUCUCAGAUUUAAAGGACAUGUCCAGGAUGAUCUUGCGUACUAGUGGUCCGACUCAGCUCCCUGAGGGCUAUAAACUGAGCCUUCACAUCACUCAGACAGACGCUGAGAGUGUGAGGGUGUUCAGGAACAAGAAUAGUGGGAAGCAACAGGCCAACAGCACUCUGAAAAAUAUGCUCCUCAAGCUGUUCAUGCAGGACUACCCUCUGGUGCUGAACAAAGAACAGCUGGCUGCGGAAGUUCCCUAUCUUGGUGGGAACUCUGAGCUGGAGUUCUUUGUGGAGGGUCUUCGCUUCCCAGAUAAGGAUUUUGAGGGACUGGUUACCAUCAGCCUCAGCCUUUUAGAGCCCAGCGCCCAGGAUUUCCCCGAGACACCUAUCUUCACUGAUAAGGUUGUUUUCCGUGUUGCCCCUUGGAUCAUGACUCCCAACACCCUCAAACCUGUAGAGGUCUUUGUGUGUAGCACAUCAGAUAACUACGAGUUUCUGAAGGGCAUCCGAAAAAUGGUGCAGAGCAGUGGAUACAAGCUGAAGAUAUGCCAUGAGUACAUGAACCGAGGAGAUCGUUGGAUGCAGGAUGAGAUUGAGUUUGGCUACAUUGAUUCACCACACCAGAGAUUCCCUGUUGUGUUGGACUCUCCACGAGAUGGUGACCUUCAGGAAUUUCCUUAUGAAGUCUUACUGGGUCCAGACUUUGGCUAUGUGACCCGUUACGCUCAAGCAGAGGAAGUAAGUAGCCUGGAUUCCUUCGGUAAUCUGGAGGUCAGUCCACCGGUCACUGUGAAUGGGAAGAACUACCCACUAGGCCGGAUUAUCAUCGGUGUGGCCUUCCCUACUACAGCACAUGGUCGCAAUAUGACCAAAGUGGUCCAGGACUUUUUAUGGGCUCAGAAAGUUCAGGAGCCCAUCGCCCUCUACUCUGAUUGGCUGGUAGUGGGCCAUGUGGAUGAAUUCAUGACUUUUGUCCCAGCUCCUGAUAGAAAGGGAUUCAGACUACUUCUGGCCAGCCCUGAUGCAGCAUAUACGGUUUUCACAAACUUGCAGAAUAAUGGACAUGGAAAAGCUAAACUGUUUCAAGGCAAAGGCGAAGAAAUCAGUGUAAAUGAAAUUUUGAGCAAUGAGGAAUUUCGAGCAGAGAACAUUUAUGUGCAGAGCUGUAUUGACUGGAACAGAGAUGUUCUGAAGAAAGAGCUUGGACUAGAUGAAGAUGACAUCAUUGAUCUACCAAUCUUGUUUAAAGUGAUGGCUGAAGAAAACAGAGCUGUGGCCUACUAUCCUGACAUGGUGAACAUGAUUGUGCUUGGUACGAACCUGGGCAUUCCCAAGCCGUUCGGGCCGCAGGUGAACGGCAGCUGUGCCCUAGAGACAGAGAUGCGCUCUUUGUUGGAGCCGCUGGGUCUUAACUGCACCUUCAUCGAUGACUUUGCCUCCUAUCACAAGCUCCUGGGUGAGGUGCACUGCGGAUCCAACGUGCUUCGAGAACCUUUCGCAUUUAAAUGGUGGAACCUGGAGAUGUGAAAUGGAAGAGGGCAGCAGAAAUUAUACUAUUUGCUAAUAGCACGUUUCCUGAGCAAACCUCUACAGCAUUUUCAUAUGCAAUAAAAAAACUAAAAUGCUUAACACAUUCAGGAGUUUACUUUAUAUAAUGCAAAUAAGGGCUAAGAUUUUUCUAAUGAGUAGCUUAACAAAAGGUGCUACCUACUGACCACUGAGAGCAUUAUCAUGGAGCAUUUUUGAGAUAUUUCAGGGUCCUCUGUUAGAUCUGUUUUUGUUUUUAUUAGUCCUGUCUUUAUUUCUGUUUUGUUAAAGAAUGGUUUAUAGCUACCAUUACUGUCUCAAUCAAGAAUAAUUUUUGUUGGUUUAAUGAAAUGAAACAUACAGUGUAACACAUAACCUUUUAUUUUACACUGCAGAAAUCAAUAAAUCAAUAUAAACAUUCCACAAA